ACCGGUUUGCCACUGUAUAACAGCACUGAAGAUUUUAUUGUGUGCAGUUUUUUUUCCUCUGUAGUCUAACAGCUGAGUCAGUUCAGUUACUGGGAGGUGGUUUGUUGUCCAGCACUGAGAGCAGAUCAGCGUUAGACUUGGGGAUAGAGGCACACAAACGCACACUUCUGCCAACACUGGCCCAGCAAAAUGGACUCGAAAUGGUUUAAAAUGCUUAUGCCGCUCAUGCUGCUGGUCUUCGCUGUUAUUACUCUUCUCUUGCUCACUCUACCUGUGGAGGAGAUGAAGGAGCCUCCUAAAUACAUGUACGGGAUAGUGCUGGACGCAGGCUCCUCCCACACAGCCAUGUUCAUCUACAAAUGGCCGGCAGACAAGCAGAACGGCACAGGUGUGGUCACCCAGCAUAGCGAGUGCCAUGUCAAAGGAGGGGGCAUCUCAAGCUAUGCUGGACAGAAGGGGGCCGCAGGCCGCAGCCUGGAGGCGUGUCUGAAACAAGCCGUGCUGGACAUCCCCCAAACCCGCCAUCACCUCACCCCUGUCUACCUGGGAGCCACAGCUGGCAUGAGGCUUCUGAACAUCUCCAGCCCUGAGAUGUCAAAGCAGGUUCUUCAGGAGGUGGAAGACAAAAUCAAGUCCUUCCCUUUCUGCUUCCGAGGUGCAACCAUACUGAGUGGACAGCAGGAGGGAGUGUACGGCUGGGUCACAGUGAACUAUCUCUUGGAAAAUUUCAUCAAGUACAGCUUUGUGGGCCACUGGAUGAAACCAGGCAGACAGACAGUCGGUGCCCUGGACUUAGGAGGGGCGUCUACUCAGAUCACUUUUGUAACCACGGAGAAAGUGGAGGAUGAAAAUAAUCGUAUGACUCUGCGUCUCUAUGGACAGGACUAUUCUCUGUACACCCACAGCUAUCUAUGCUACGGUAAAGAAGAGUUCCUGCGGCGGCUUCUGGCCCUCCUGAUCACAUCUCAGGGUACGACAGGUACUGUCUAUAAUCCAUGCUACCCAACUGACCACAACGAGACACUGGAGCUGCAGCAAGUGUUUGAGUCGCCCUGCACGAUAUCACAGCGGCCUGCGCCUUAUGAGCCAAAGGCGUCAGUGACGAUACAGGGCACAGGAGACUACCACCUCUGUGUGGGCAACAUAUCUGAGAUAUUCUCCUGGCAGGACUGCCCGUUCUCCCAGUGCUCCUUUGACCAUGUCUUCCAGCCCAACAUCACUGGAAGCUUUAUGGCCUUCUCUGUCUUCUUCUUCACAUACAGUUUUCUGCAGAAGAGUGUAGGCAUCACAAUCAGCACCCCAGAGCUGCUGCAGCAGGCUGCCCAGACAGUGUGCAACAUGACCGUUGAGGAGAUGUUUAAGAGAGAUGAAGAAGAGAGGUCAUACCUGAAGGAGUACUGUGCAGUUACUGUGUACAUCCAGGUCCUGAUGCUGAGAGGAUACCACUUUGAUGAGCACUCCCUCUCUCGAGUUACCUUUCAGAAAAAGGCUGGAGAUGCCUCUGUGGGCUGGGCAUUGGGCUACAUGCUGAGUCUGAGCAAUCAGCUGCCUGGAGAGAGUGUGGCGAUGAGGAAGGGCAUGCACACUGCGGCCUGGAUCUUCCUCCUGAUCCUCCAGAUAUGCCUCAUGGUCAGCACACUGAUCUUCAUGGCUCUGCGCUGCUGGAAGAAAAGUUAUGCCUGACAGUGACCAGUAGGGGGCGAAAAAGGAUCAGUAAGGAAGGCCCAGCGAAAGUAAUGAGUAGGUUUUUAUCGAAUAAAGGUUUCAGAAUGGUGAAUAAGUACCAGACUGUGUAUAUCUAACCAUUAAAAACAUUAGUUUGGACGAGUACAACAAGAAUAAAAACAUGUUGAGAUGAAAGCUUUGCGUGAAGGUUAAUCAAUCUACCUCUAUGUUCAUUCAAUCAAUCAAUCAAUCAACCUUUAGUUAAACUCAUAGUACAUCAAGGGUGCCCCUUAUUUACAAUGCAGCAGGGCAUAAUACAAAAACAAGGGAAUGAGAAGAGUAAAUAAAAAAUAAAAAAAACAUAAUUCAAUGGUUGAAAUGUAAAUGUAAACUAGGUCAUUCAGAGUGGUUUGAUGUGAAAUCAUUAUUUGUGGAGAAACCUGCCAGGUUUCUUUGCAGUGGUGGUGAUGGGAACCAGGGGUUAU